UGGGUCCCAACGGCUGCGGGCGGGGCCGGCGGGAGCGCAGCGGCGCGGUCGCUGUCACUGUCACUGCCGGGCACGGCGGCGGCCUGGGGCCAGCGCAGAGGCGCAGCGGCCCGGGAGGUGCGCGGUUGAGCGAAGCCGCGGGGCCCAACCGCAGUCGCGGGGUCUGGGAGGAAGCAGUACCUUGAAGAGAAGUUGGAGAGGGAGUCAAUUCCUAGGAUAGCAGAGAGAUGGACAACAGACAGAAUGUCACCCCAGCUCUGAUCUUUGCCAUCACAGUUGCUACAAUCGGCUCUUUCCAAUUUGGCUACAACACUGGGGUCAUCAAUGCUCCUGAGACGAUCAUAAAGGAAUUUAUCGAUAAAAGUUUGACGGACAAGACAAAUGCCCCUCCCUCUGAGGUGCUGCUCACGUCUCUUUGGUCCUGGUCUGUGGCCAUAUUCUCCAUCGGGGGUAUGAUAGGCUCCUUUUCCGUCGGACUGUUUGUCAACCGCUUUGGCAGGCGCAAUUCAAUGCUGAUCGUCAACUUGUUGGCUGUCACUGGUGGCUGCCUUAUGGGACUGUGUAAAAUAGCUAAGUCGGUUGAAAUGCUGAUCCUGGGCCGCUUGGUUAUUGGCCUUUUCUGCGGACUCUGCACAGGUUUUGUGCCCAUGUACAUUGGAGAGAUCUCGCCUACUGCCCUGAGGGGUGCCUUUGGCACUCUCAACCAGCUGGGCAUAGUUAUUGGAAUUCUGGUGGCCCAGAUCUUUGGUCUGGAAUUCAUCCUUGGGUCUGAAGAGCUAUGGCCGGUGCUAUUAGGCUUUACCAUCCUUCCAGCUAUCCUGCAAAGUGCAGCCCUUCCAUGUUGCCCUGAAAGUCCCAGAUUUUUGCUCAUUAACAGAAAAGAAGAGGAGAAUGCUAAGCGGAUCCUCCAGCGGUUGUGGGGCACCCAGGAUGUAUCCCAAGACAUCCAGGAGAUGAAAGAUGAGAGUGCAAGGAUGUCACAAGAAAAGCAAGUCACCGUGCUGGAGCUCUUUAGAGUGUCCAGCUACCGACAGCCCAUCAUCAUUUCCAUUGUGCUGCAGCUCUCUCAGCAGCUCUCUGGGAUCAAUGCUGUGUUCUAUUACUCAACAGGAAUCUUCAAGGAUGCAGGUGUUCAAGAUCCCAUCUAUGCCACCAUCGGCGCGGGUGUGGUUAAUACUGUCUUCACUGUAGUUUCUCUAUUUCUGGUGGAAAAGGCAGGAAGAAGGACUUUGCAUAUGAUAGGCCUUGGAGGGAUGGCUUUUUGUUCCACGCUCAUGACUGUUUCUUUGUUAUUAAAGGAUCACUAUAAUGGGAUGAGCUUUGUCUGUAUUGGGGCUAUCUUGGUCUUUGUGGCCUUUUUUGAAAUUGGACCAGGCCCCAUUCCCUGGUUUAUUGUGGCCGAACUCUUCAGUCAGGGCCCCCGCCCAGCUGCGAUGGCAGUGGCCGGCUGCUCCAACUGGACCUCCAACUUCCUAGUCGGAUUGCUCUUCCCCUCUGCUGCUUACUAUUUAGGAGCCUACGUUUUUAUUAUCUUCACCGGCUUCCUCAUUACCUUCUUGGCCUUUACCUUCUUCAAAGUCCCUGAGACCCGUGGCAGGACUUUUGAGGAUAUCACACGGGCCUUUGAAGGGCAGGCACACGGUGCAGAUAGAUCUGGGAAAGACGGUGUCAUGGAGAUGAACAGCAUGGAGCCUGCUAAGGAGACCACCACCAAUGUCUAAGUCAUGCCUCCUUCCACCUCCCUCCCAGCAUGGGAAAGCCACCUCUCCCUGAGCAAGGGAGAGACCUCACCAGGAUGAACCCAGGACUGCUUCUGAAUGCUGCUACUUGAUUCCUUUCUCAUCGCACGCACUCCAUGAGCACCCCAAGGCUGGGGUUUGUUGGAUCUUCAAUGGCUUUUUAAAUAUUUUAUUUCCUGGACAUUCUCUUCUGCUUAGAAGAGACCAAGUGAACUACCUUCAUUUCAGGAGGGGUUGGCCGCUUGGCAUAUGACAACUUUGCCAGCUUUUCCUCCCUUGGGUUCUGAUAUUGCCGCACUAGGGGAUAUAGGAGAGGAAAAGUAAGGUGCAGUUCCCCCAACCUCAGACUUAUCAGGAAGCAGAUACAUAUGAGUGUGGAAGGCAGAGGGGGACAGCUCUACCCGGCAAAUUAACUUGAGUUUUAUUUAUCUUAUCCUCUGGUUUAAUUACAUAAAUAUUUAUUUUUUAAGUGUAAUUUUGCCAAAUAAUAGAAACAGAAGGAAAUUGAGAUUAGAGGGAGGUGUUUAAAGAGAGGUUAUAGAGUAGAAGAUUUGAUGCUGGAGAGGUUAAGGUGCAAUAAGAAUUCAGGGAGAAAUGUUGUUCAGUUUUGGAGGGCAAAUGAUGUGGUGCCUGAGGUCUGUACGUUACUCUUAACAAUUUCUGUCCUUCAGAUGGAAACUCUUUGAUUUCUCAGAAAAGUCGUAUGCCUAUUUAAUAAAGCUACUCAUUUCCUUUGGAACUUUAUCUUUAAGAUAAUAGUUUACAUGUAGUAGUACUUGAAAUCUAGGAUUAUUAACUAAUAUGGGCAUUGUAGUUAAUGGCAGUUGAUGGGUUCUAAUUUUGGAUGGAGUCGAGGGAAGGGAAAGUGAUUUCUAGAAAGCCUGUUCCCCUCACUGGACGAAAUAACUCCUUCUUCUUGUAGUAGUCUCAUUACUUUUGAAGUAAUCCCGCCACCUAUCUUGUGGGAGAGCCAUCCAAAUGAGAAACCUAAAAUAAUUGGUUCUUGGUAGAGAUCCAUUAUUUCUCCACUUUGUUCUUUAGGAGAUUUUAAAUGUUGAUUUUCUGUUUUAUUUAAACUCAUACCUUUAAAGGAAUUCCCCAAAGAAUGUUUAUAGCAAACUUGGAAUUUGUAAACUCAGCUCUGGGAGAGGAUUUUUUUCUGAUCGAUUAUUAUCUAAAGUGUGUUGUUGCUUUAGGCUCUCGGCACGCUUGCGUAUGUCUGUUACCAUGUCACUGUAGUCCUAUGCCGAGUGCCCUCAGGGGACUUGAAUCUUUCCAAUAAACCACGUUUAGACAGUAUGAGUCAAUGUGCAGUGUAGCCCACACUUGAGAGGAUGAAUGUAUGUGCACUGUCACUUUGCUCUGGGUGGAAGUACAUUAUUGUUGACUUAUUUUCUCUGUGUUUGUUCCUACAGCCCCCUUUUCAUAUGUUGCUCAAUCUCUCUUCCCUUCUUGGUGCUUACACAUCUCAGACCCUUUAGCCAAACCCUUGCCAAUGACAGUAUUUUCGUUCUCAGUUCUCACUGUUCCCUCUGGUCAUGGAGACUUUGAAUAAAAAUGCACAUAGCUAUGGAGUGGGGUUUAGCUGGAAAGGUGACCUUCCAACUUCACGUUAACUUCUGGCUCCUCAAACAGGUUGGCAGUAAGGCAGGGAAGUUGUUUUCCUAUUUCUCACUGAGAAGACUGUGAAUAUUUCCAUAUGGAUUUUCCAUUAUUGUUAGUUUGAUUCUUUGUUUUAAAAUAAAAAUUCUGAAUGUACACAACA